AUGUUUGGCUCUAUUCUUGAUGUUCUUGAAUCACUUGUUCUUGAUACACGUUCUACAGAUGAAAGAGCCAAGGCAAUGGGAUAUCUCAGGGCUUGUCAAACAUUUGAGGUUGCAUUCAUGUUACAUUUGAUGAGGGAUAUUUUAGCAAUCACAAAUGAGCUCAACAAAUGCUUACAAAAAAAAGAGCAAGACACUGCAAACGCCAUGCUACUUGUUGAAGUAGCAAAGAAAAGGUUGCAAAAGUUAAGGAAAGAGGAAUGGGAAUCUCUUAUUGCUAAGAUAUCUGCAUUUUAUAUCAAAUAUGAUAUUUUGAUACCUCGCUUUAAUGAGCCAUAUGUUAGUUCUUUAAGAUCACGUCGUAAACCUGCUGAUUGUACAGUCUUAAAUCAUUAUCGGGUUGAUGUAUUUUGCAAAAUUAUUGAUUGGCAAAUUCAAGAACUUAAUGAAUGUUUUGACGAAGAGACAACUUAUUUGCUUCAUGGAAUUUCUUGUUUGAAUCCAAUUAACUCAUUUUCAAGUUUUGACAUCAGGAAAAUAAUGAGAAUGGCUGAGUUAUAUCCUGAUGACUUUGAUGAAUUUAGUAUGGGUACUCUUGAGAAUCAACUUGCAAGUUAUAUUAUUGAUGUUCGUGAUGUUGAUGAAAGAUUCUCCGAUCUACGUGGGCUUUGUGAUCUUUCAAAAAGAUUAGUUCAGACAAAGAAGCAUUCAAAUUAUCCUCUUGUAUUUCGCUUAGUGAAACUUGCUUUGCUUCUGCCCGUUGCCACUGCAUCUGUUGAAAGAGCAUUUUCGGCGAUGAAGUUUAUCAAGAAUGACUUACGAAGUCGAAUGAAUGAUGAGUUCUUUAGUGGUUGUUUGGUGCCUUAUGUAGAAAAAAAUGUGUUUGAUAGUAUUUCUAAUGAUACUAUUAUUAAAACAUUUCAAGAUAUGAAACCUCGUCGAGUGCAGUUGUAA